GGCAUCAUAAGGCGACAGACUUUAGCAUGUCGCAUGGUUUCCACAGCCACGCAGUGGCUACAUCGUAAAUAUUCAUGAGUUGUUUUUGUUUUGUUUUUUUGGUAUUAAUUUAAAGUUAGGUUUAAGGUUAGCAGUGUGGAAAAUGUAAGGAGCAAGGUUAGGGCUAGGUUUAAACUCACAGUUGAAGAAGAUAAAUUGUAGAAAUAGGCGGUUGUGGCUGUGGUAACUAGUAGUGACCAUGUCCCGUUGCGUGUGAAGUUGAAGGUGUACAAUGGGAUUUUUCUGUGGAAUUAUCAAACAUAACCUCUGUCAAAUCGCUCUUUGUUAAAAUAGAAAACGGCAACAAGCAGAGGUUCAGGUUGGGGUACAUUUAGCCCUAUAUAGCCUUUGAGUUGCAAAACAGGAGUUUGUCUUUGAAGCAGUGGUCAAUGAUCAUGCACAAUGGCCGUGUCCGUUAUCUCAUCUUCUUCCAAUACCUCGGGACAAAGUACAGUGGCGUUAUGAAGGCGCCUCCACACCAAGCAGUCAAGGGUGUCCAGAACUACUUGGAGGAUGCGGUACGGAGUUUGAGGCCGGUGAAUGAGGUUUCUCUGUCCAUCUCCAGUCGGACAGACACCGGUGUCCACGCCCUUGGAAACUCCGCCCACUUCGACCUCCAGCGGCAGAACGGCAAGCCCCCAUUUGCUGAGGAGGUCCUGGUUGACGCCCUCAACUUCCACCUGAGACCAGAGCCAAUCAGAAUCACCCGUGCCUACCGGGUCCCCGGUGGGUUCCAUGCCCGUUUCCGCGCUGUGUCUCGGACGUACGUCUACCGGCUAGCCACGGGCGUCACUCAUCACUCCUGCACGCCACUGACCGAUGCUAACCUCUGCUGGGGGUUACGCCACAUGGACCUGGAUGUUGGUGCGAUGCGCGACGCUGCCUCCCUGCUGGUGGGUACCCAUAACUUCAGCUCCUUCAGAGCCCUGAACUCUGAGACACCGUUUAAAGACCCGGUAAAGACCCUGGAGAAGGUCGGUCUGGAACUCGGAGACGCCUUUGUACACAAACACUUCCACAGAGAUAUUCAGUUCUGGGAGCUUACCUUCAAGAGCAGAUCCUUCCUCUACAAACAGGUGCGUAGGAUGACAGGGGCUCUGGUGGCAGUUGGCCAGGGACAGAUGUCUGUCUCUGGGGUGAAGGAAUUACUGGAGGCCCAGGACUCUCAGGCCUACCCACACAACCUCACAUCACCCCCAGAAGGACUCUUCCUCACCAGGGUGGAUUACCACCGGUCAGACCUGCAGCUUUACACUCAGGAGGAUUCACAGAGUUGAUUGCCGUUUUAAUGACCUAGGCCCAAUCCCAAAUGGACCCCUAGACGUUACGCCCUACACAUUUGUGGAGAUCUGAGAGGAUUUGAAAAGCAAUUUACUAAUCCCUCCAAUUUGCCCCUCUGAUAGGCUAGGUCAGGGGUGUCAAACUAAUUUCAUGGAGGGUCUAGUGUCUGCAGGUUUUUAGUUUUCUAACACCUAGACACCCAGGUGAGGGGAGGUCUUUACUGAGACCUAGACAACCAGGUGAGACCUAGACACCCAGGUGAGGGGAGGUCUUUACUGAGACCUAGACAACCAGGUGAGGGGAGGUCUUUACUGAGACCUAGACAACCAGGUGAGGGGAGUUCCUUACUGAGAGCUAGACAACCAGGUGAGACCUAGAUGACCAGGUGAGUGGAGUUCCUUACUGAGACCUAGACACCCAGGUGAGGGGAGUUCCUUACUAAGACCUAGACAACCAGGUGAGGUGAGCUCCUUACUGAUUAGUGACCGUAAUUCAUCAAUCAAGUACCAGGGAAGAGCAAAAACCCACUGACACUCGGUCUUCUGUGCAAUGAGUUUGACGCCUGUGGGUCAGGUGGAGGUUUCACCAUAUUGCUUAUACUGUGGGGGAGAACAAGUAUUUUAAGCACUGCCGAUUUUGCAGGUUUUCCUACUUACAAAGCAUGUAGAGGUCUGUAAUUUUUUAUCAUCGGUACACUUCAACUGUGAGAGACGGAAUCUAAAACAAAACUCCAGAAAAUCACAUUGUAUGAUCUUUAAGUAAUUAAUUUGCAUUUUAUUGCAUGACAUAAGUAUUUGAUACAUCAGAAAAGCAGAACUUAAUAUUUGGUACAGAAACCUUUGUUUGCAAUUACAGAGAUCAUACAAUGUGAUUUUCUGGAUUUCUGUUUUAGAUUCCGUCUCUCACAGUUGAAGUGUACCUUUGAUAAAAAUUACAAACCUCUACAUGCUUUGUAAGUAGGAAAACCUGCAAAAUCGGCAGUGUAUCAAAUACUUGUUCUCCCCCACAGUACAAAUCAAAUCCUCUCAGAUCUCCACAAGUGAAUACGUGGUCUAAGGGUCCGUUUGGGAUUGGGGCAUAGUACAAUAUCUCUCAACCUCAGGUCCGGGGACUUGUGGGAGACACAUAGUGGACAUCCUGGUAUUGUUUGAAUGGUUUGUUGGGUAAUAAAACCUUUAUUUCAUGUGUACUAAGUGGACAUGUAUUUCUUGCUGAACUACAAGAUGUAUAAAUAUGGUCAUUAUAUCUGUUUUUAAGACAAUGUAACCAUAAACUUUUAAUCUAUGGAGUGAUUCAACUGUGUGAGUUAAAUAUGUUCUCUCUCUCUCUCUCUGGCCAGCCUAUAAAUAAUGUUUCUGUA